AUAUUUUCAAUUUUGAGGGAUAUCUCUAGCUUUGCCAGUACCAUCACUGACAGAGAGAACAAGCAAAGCAAAGGCAAAAGAAAAAAUCGAUAUCGCUUUAGAUCACUACAUUUCCUUUGCUUGCAAGCGCACUCAAUCAUGGAAUGGUAGAUUUGGGAUUUUUAAGUUACACAUUGUUCAGGGAAAAAUAAAAUUGCAGGAACUGGGGUUUGGAUUUCUCUGGUUAUCAUUUAUCCAGUCAUGGGCAAAUCACCAGGGAGAUGGAUCAAGACCGUACUUUUUGGAAAGAAGUCUUACAAAUCUCAUACAGCAAAAGGGAGGGAGAGAACUGCAAACGAGAGAGAAGUAUUGGUUUCUGCAAAGGCAUCAGAAGCUGAUUCGAUUUCUGUUCCUCCUGUAAUAUCACAUCCAACCCCCGUUAUCACUGUUCACUCGGAAAGGCAGUUAGAACUUGAGAGCCAAGAGACUGCAGACUCACCACAUAAUGGGGGCAUAUUGUUGCCAGGAAAUCAAGAGGUAGAUUUACAAGGGUCUACAAACCAAGCCACUUUAUCUGAUGCUGAGAAAAUAAGGCAAGAGAAAGCUGCAACAUUGGUACAAGCUGCAUUUAGAGGUUUCUUGGCUCGUCGGGCAUUUUGGGCCCUUAAAGGCAUAAUAAGGCUCCAGGCGCUUAUCCGUGGGCACUUGGUCAGGAGACAAGCUGUUGCCACUUUGUGCUGUGUGCUGGGAAUUGUCAAGAUGCAGGCACUUGCUCGAGGAAUAAAAGUUAGGAAUUCAGAUAGAGGGCGGCAUGUUCUUAAAAAAUGCGGCAUGGUGAAGCCUUUGGGCAAGCUUGAGGAUCCUAAUGGAGCUAAUGUUUCUAUCCAAAAAGCAAGGCUAUCAGCAAAUGCUUUUGUUCACAAGCUUGUGGCUUCAUUAUCUACUGUGAUGCCUUUAAACCUUUAUUAUGACUCUGCGGAACCAAAUUCAGUUUCAAACUGGUUAGAACGUUGGUCAGCAUCUCGCUUUUGGAAACCAAUUCCCCAACCGAAGAAAAUUUCUUGCCCAAAAACUCAGAGAAAGCAGGUUAAUGGUCAUAUGCCAGAAGCUGAAACUGGUAGACCAAAGUUUAGUGUUCGGAGGGUCCCUGCUGCAAAUUUCGACAAUACUUCAGUGCAAGCACCCUCUGAAUCUGAGAAACCGAAGCGCAAUCGUAGGAAAGCUUCAAGCCAUGCAACUGAUACAUCGCAGGAAAAUCCACAAAAUGAGCUUGAAAAGGUAAAACGGAAUUUGAGAAAGGUUCAUAAUCCAAUAAUUGACUGCUCUGUUCAGUCAGAGGUAGAUAUUGAGAAGCCAAAACAAGGUUUGGAAAUUGUAUCAGGCACUUCUGGUGAUAAUCUUUUGGGACAGAAUAUGAAUAAUUCAGGGGAGAAGAUGAAGAAAGAAGCAACUUUGGCAACACACAAACUACCUGAUAUGGUGAAGAAUGAACAAACCUUGAUAGCACCCAAAUUACCUGAUGCAGAAACAACUCCAGAACCACUAGGAUUAAAGGAAGCUUCAGAAUUACAUGGUGAUCAAACUGUUGUUGAAUCAAUGCCUUCAGUAGAGAAUGGUGGUAAAGAUGAAAAUAAUUCUGGUACAAAUGGGGAGUUAAGCCAUAAGGAAGAUCCAACAAUCAAUGAAAAUCAUAAAUUCAGUAGGAAAGCCUCUAGUCUAGUAAAGCAAGAAUGUGCAGAGAAUGGAUUACAGAGUGGUCCAGCACUCCCAAGCUAUAUGGCAGCUACUGAAUCUGCCAAGGCAAAGCUGAGAGCACAAGGUUCCCCAAGGUUUAGCCAAGAUGGAGCUGAGAAAAAUAUUCUCGCUCGGCGUCAUUCUCUUCCAUCUUCAGCAAAUAGCAAAAUCAGCUCACAAUCACCAAGGACACGGACUGUUCAUUCUGGGGGCAAAGGGGGGAGUAAAAGUGACAGAUCUCUGUUGUCAUCAAGAGAAGGAAAUGCAAAGGCAACCCAGGCUGAGUGGAGGAGGUGAUUUUUCGCUGCCUUGGGUUUCAAGGGGUUAGCAUGAGUAGCUGAGUUCUGAUUUCAUCUGCAGUUGUUGUUUUUGUGUCUGUGAUGUAAGAUUAUGUUGUGAAACUAAAAGCUUGGUCUGUAGUUGAAAGUUUGUUGUCCCCAUGGUCUUGUUUUAGAUUUUCUUGCGGUGGUUGUGUGAGUGAAUGUACAUCAUAGGUUUUGAAUUAUUCGUUCUGCUACAAAUUAUAGAUUUAUUCUAAACUGUGGUUGGACAUGAUCUUUAGCUGUUAAUAAUGUAAUCUUCUUUGCUUC